AUGAUUAAUAAAAAAGAUGAACAACAAACAAGUCUUUUACACGAACCCAAUCAACAAAUGGAAGCACCUAUUCGAAAUGAAGACUUUCAAGUUACUGGUUUUGUGAUUGAUCAACAAAACUAUUUAUAUCAUUAUUGGCUUGCAAUUAUUUCAUUUGCUGUUGCCUAUAAUCUUUUAUUAAUACCAGCUCGAUAUGCAUUUAAUCAAUUGAAUAAAAAUUUAAGAAUUUUUUGGAUAUCAUUAGAUUAUACUUUUGAUAUAAUCUAUUUAAUUGAUAUUUUUCUACAAUCGAGAACAGGUUAUUUUAGUCAUGGUCUUUUUGUACAUAAUCAUUAUGUUUUAUCUCGUAAUUAUUUUACAUCACGUCAAUUUUAUUUACGUGAUCUUUUAUCUAUUAUUCCAACAGAUUUUUUAUAUUUAAUUCCAAAUUAUCGUUUUAUUUCUAUAAUACGUUGUAAUCGAUUUUUACGUAUUCAUCGUCUUUUUGAAUUUCAAGAAUUAACAGAAUCACGUACUAGAUUUCCUAAUGCAUUUAGAAUUUUCUGUCUUAUAUGUUUGACUCUUACACUUAUUCAUUGGAAUAGUUGCGCUUAUCUUCUUAUUUGUCAACAUCUGGGUUUUGGCACUGAUAGAUGGGUAUUACCAGCUGCGGCUAAAAAUGAAUCAGUUGCAAUGCUUUAUACAUAUUGUUUUUAUUGGUCAACACUUUUAUUAAGUACUAUCGGUGAUGUUCCAUUACCUGUAAAAAGAGCCGAAUAUCUAUUUGUAUUGUUUGAUUUUAUGAUUGGACAACAAGUUCGUGAAAAAAUGGAUGAAAUAAAACGGUAUAUGAAAUUUCGUUCCGUUAAUCGAAAACUUGAACAAAAAGUUAUAAAAUGGCUCGAUUAUUUAUAUACAAAUCGACAAGUAUUAAAUGAAGAAAUGGUUUUAAACUCAGAUUUAAGUGUUGAAUUACGUAAAGAUCUUGCUAUUAAAGUACAUUUAGAAUCCUUACAACACGUUACAUUAUUUCGUGAUUGUGAACCUAAUUUACUUAUUGAACUUUUAAAACCAAUUUUUUUUGGUCCAGGAGAUUAUGUUUGUCGAAAAGGUGAUAUUGGAAAAGAAAUGUAUAUUAUUAAACGUGGUCAAUUAGGUGUUGUAAGUGAUGAUGGAAAGACAACAUUUGUUGUACUUAAAGAAGGUUCUGUUUUUGGUGAAAUAUCUAUUUUAAAUAUUCCUGGUUCAAAAAAUGGAAAUCGUCGUACUGCAAAUGUUAAAUCUUUAGGUUAUUCUGAUUUAUAUACAUUAACAAAAGAAGAUCUAUGGCUUGAACUUGAUAAUUAUCCUGAAUCUUUAUCAAAAAUAAUUGAAAAAGGUAAAUCAAUAUUACGUAAAGAUAAUCUUCUUGAUGAAUCAUUAACUGAUUCAAAACGAUAUGUUGAACAAGAACAAUUAUUAAGUAUACAAGAUCGUAUUAAAAAAUUAGUUGAUAUAGAAAAAACAUUGAAUAAUCGUAUAACAACAUUUUUUGAUGGAUAUGUUGAAUCAAUACGACAAUUGAAACAACAAUUAUCAAAAAUGGAAUAUCAAUUUGGAGUAAGAAAACAAAGUAUAAGUUUAUCAAUGAAUGUACCAAUGUCAGCACCAGCAGUUCCAUUUUUUUUAAAUCAAUGGAAAUCAAAUACUUCAGUUAAUUUACUUAAAUUUAGAAGUAUACCAUCUAUGGAAUUUGAUGAUUAA